UAGGGGAGCAAAUGAAAAAAGAUACUUGGCUUCUCAAGGGUAUUGUUCCAACCCCUUUAUUCAUCAUUGUCAGAUUCUUCCAUAACAGCCUUAAUAUGUUUAGAAUGCAGGUUUAUGAUUUGGGUGAAUCAAAAAUCCCACCGGGUGUUCUGGGGCCCCUCCCUGCUUUUUUGCUUUAAAGCGCCCUCCAAAUCCAAUAAGGGAUAAAUAACAGGCAUAUAUCCACAGGAAUGGAGCAUCACAAUAGAAGGCUCACAUUCUCAGACCUGUUUAUCAUCUCAUUACUCUAAACAGAAACAACACACCUCUGCUCUUCUUGUUUGUUUCAGAGCAGAAACAAUGGUUUUUUGUUCUCGUAGAGUGCUUAUCCUUCUUAUAUGUAUUGGGUUCAUAGCAGUUCAACCUCAUAAACUUUAUGGCUUGACGAGUGUAGAGGUGAUCCUCAGACACGACCGAAAAGCUCACGGGACACUGCCACACAGCCAACGUAGCCUCAAGGAUGUCGACAUGCAGGGGAUGGACACAAAGAAAUCAGCCCGAGCAAACAAGACAUUUGAUCCAAGUCAAACAAGCAAAAGAAGAGUACGGAGAGGAUCAGAUCCUAUCCACAACAGGUCUUGAUAUAUUUGAACUAGAGAUGUGUAUAGAAAAGCUAUUAAAGAAAAUGUUCACAAAGCCAGUAUCAUCUCUGUGCUACAAAUUGAGAUCAUAAUCAACCUCCAAAGAACACGGCAUAGAUGAUGGUAUGGCUCGCAGAAAGGAAAAAGACAGUUUUUCUCCCCCCCUCAAUCUUUCUUAGAAAUUUGCACCUGUUUGCUUGGCUAUAUGCUUCUUUGCAGAUUAUAGUGAUAUUCCUUCAUUAACAAA